AUGGCGUCCUCAACAGUGAAUCCCUCUGGGGAUCUCACAUCCGAUAUCCUUCAGGCGCUCGACAAAUCCUCGCCGCUCCUCUCCGCCGAAGCCUUCCCGACAGCUGGUUUCGUUGAGGUAAAGGCAGCACUCGAUCGAUUGUCCUCGCGUGAGAUGGUCACAUACGAUACCAUAGAAAGAGAAGAAGCAUUACUAGAACCUGAGGGCGAGCAGAUUGCUGCUAAUGGUAGUCAUGAGGCCCGCGUCUUCGAGGCCUUACGCUCUGCAGUUGACGGCCUAACCGUGCAGGAUUUGGAGAAGGCCAUCGGUGAUAAGAGCAUUGUCAAGAUCGGACAAGGAAAAGCUUUCAAGGAGAAGUGGAUAUCGAAGACCAAGGAUGGCAAGUUUAAGGCCGCGACGGAAUCGAUACGAGAUGUUACCAAGGAACAGAUGCAAACCAUCAAAGAGACACGAACUCACCCUGAUGCGAAAUUACUUACCGAAUUGAAGAAGCGCAAGCUCAUCCGAUUCCAAAAAAUCAUCAGCUUCAAAAUCCACAAGGGUGCCAAGUUCGCUCUCAAGAUUCCUGAGGAAGCGACCGAUCUAACUGCCGACAUGAUUGCGACGGGCGCGUGGAAGACAGCUACCUUCAAGCCAUACAACUUCAAGGCUUCGGGAGCAGACCAACGAUCAGGUGCUUUGCAUCCUCUCAACAAGGUCCGCGCCGAAUUCAGACAGAUUUUCUUCGAGAUGGGUUUCGAGGAAAUGCCCACAGACAAGUUCGUCGAGUCUGGUUUCUGGAACUUCGACGCCCUCUUUGUACCUCAACAACACCCGGCACGCGAUCUACAAGACACUUUCUACAUCUCCGAUCCCGAUGCCGCUGAGAAGCCGCAUAAAACUUCACCAGAAGACGAUAAGGACUAUGAUACUUACUGGGAUAAUGUGAAGGCAGUCCACCAGGACGGCAAAUAUGGCUCAAUAGGCUACCGAUACCCUUGGUCGGGAGAUGAGUCGUUACGACUAGUACUACGUACUCACACGACAGCGAUUAGUGCAAAUAUGCUUCACAAAUUAGCGGCUAGAAAGGGUCCCGAUGGCCGACCACCCCCAGCACGAUACUUCUCUAUCGACCGAGUUUUCCGUAACGAGAGCGUUGAUGCGACACAUCUUGCUGAAUUCCAUCAAGUCGAAGGUGUCAUUGCUGAUGCAAACUUGACCCUGGGUGGUCUUAUGGAAUUCAUGGACAUCUUCUUCGGGAAAAUGGGAAUAACGGAUCUCAAGUACAAGCCAGCUUAUAACCCCUACACCGAACCCAGCAUGGAGAUUUUCUCAUACCACAAAGGCCUUAACAAACUCAUCGAAAUAGGAAACAGUGGAAUGUUCCGACCAGAAAUGCUCGAAGCCAUGGGCUUCCCCCCGGACACACGCGUUUAUGGUUGGGGUCUCUCACUGGAGCGACCGACUAUGAUCAAGUAUGGUAUUUCCAACAUUCGUGAGUUGCUUGGUCACAAGGUGGAUUUGAAUUUCGUGCAAAGCAGUCCAGCUGUGCGAUUAGAUAAAGAUUAA